AUGUUAGAGAAAUACGACUUGAAAGAUAAUCAGUGGUUGGGAAGAAUGUUUUCUCUAAAGGAAAAAUGGGCAUUGGUCUAUGGAAGAAGCACAUUUUGUGCAGACAUCAUAACAACUCAACGAAGUGAGUGCAUGAAUGUUGUCGUGAAGCAUUAUGUAAAUUACAAAAACAACAUUGUUGAGGUAUUCCAUCAUUAUCAAAGGUUGAUAGAUGAUCGUCGAGAGAAGGAAUCAAUAGAAGAUUUCAAAAUUGCUCAAAGUUUUCCUGUUAUGACACUUCGAUUAGAAAUUUUAAAGCAUGCUGCUACAGUAUAUACACAUAAGAUGUUUGCAUUGUUCAAUGAGGAGUUGAGGAAGGCAUUUGAAAGCAAGAUCAAGAGUGAGAAUCAACUUGGAAGUUCAAGAAUUUAUAAGGUCAGACCAUGCCAUCAAGCUAGUGAACAUACAGUCUCAUAUGAUUCUAUUGAAGGUUCUAUUUCUUGCAGUUGUAGGAAGUUUGAAUAUUCAGGUAUUUUAUGCUCACAUAGUUUAAAAAUCUUAACAUGCAUGAAUAUCAGUCGAAUACCUGAUGAAUAUAUCUUGAAGCGGUGGACCAAGCAUGCUAAGAAUGAGAUGGCAGGAAGUUGCGAUGAAGGGGUUGUCAUUGUUGAUGAAAAACUGAGAAAGAAACGACGAUAUAAAGAGUUAUGUAACUCUUUCAUGCAAUUAGCAGGAAAAGCAGCUGAGAGUGAAGAUAGUUAUACUUAUGUCAUAGAUUAUCUCUUGAAAAUGGGAAAUGACAUUGAUGGAAUGGCGGAGAAGGCGAAUAAUGUGACAGCUGAGGCAAAUAAUGUGACAGUUGAGGCAAAUAAGGUUGGAGACAUUUCAACUGAUGGUGAUGUCAAUGAAAGUCAAAUUAAAGGCGUGAAACCCAAAAGAAGGGUUACAUGCCAAUCAAGUAAGAGACCCAAGAACGCUUUGGAACAGGCUAUUAGUAGAAAACGGAAACCAAAAGCAGCAAAGAGUGGUUUAAAACAUGUUUCUUCUACACAGGAAUCCGAAGGGACUUCACUCAUUAAUGAUAAGUACUGGAACUUGACGUACAGUGCUUUUGAUAAUCAAAGUACAUCAUGA